CAAAAAUUCUAAACCUAAUCCAAAUUCCAAACUUACGCUCUGGCAUCUUGGCGUCUUGGUCUCUCACUCUUCAGUCUUCUCACAGUCGCUAACGGCUCACCCCUCACCUCACUCACAGUCGUGACCUUGGCAACUUGGCAUCUCUCUCACUCUUCUCAUUCUCGUCAGUCGUCACCUUCCCAAUGGGAUUCGCUGCAACCACCGUGUUGGCUUGUAUGUUGAAAAAAUGUAUGGCAGCAAAUAAAUUCUGUUAGUGUUCAAUUAGUUCUGUAAGUUACUUGUUUGGCAGCAAAAAGUUUCCGAUGAUUGGGGAAUGAUAAGAUGGAUAAUGAGUUGAUAGCCAAAAGAUAAAUUGUUUCUUUUAUGUGAUGCUGAAGCUGAAGCGUGAGUAUGGCAAUGUCUUCACGUUGGCUUGUUUGAAAGAGACACAGGAUAAAAAACAGAGCAUCCAAGCAUGAAAGACGGAGACAUAUGUUGCGGUUCGGAGGAGCAUAUCAUAGAAACAUGAAGAAGAUUUUGUGUCACAGUACAAACACAAGCACAAGGUAUCGGUAUUAUGGCAUCCCCAGAUUUUGUAGCUUCUUUACUCUUCUUCUUUAUUUGCCUCCUUAUUCUCAGUUUCUCAAUUUCCAAAACUGUAAUUAUAAUCACUCUCAUUCCGUUCGUCAACUUUCUGGGUUUUGCAACGUUGAACAUGAUGAUGCUUCCGUGGCUUCAUUCAACCGCAUGCUCCACAUGCGUCCUCCCCCAUGUGUAGUUGAGUUCAACAAGGUUUUAGGUGGGUUUGUGAAGAUGAAGCAAUACAAAACUGUUAUCUCACUUUGCACUGAAAUGGAGUUGAAGGGAAUCACCCCUUGUGUUUUCACUCUCACCAUCUUGAUUAACUGCUAUUGUCAUGUGGGUCGUGUUGCUUUUGCUUUCUCUGUGUUGGGGAAGAUUCUCAAGUGGGGUUAUCAAUUGGAUAUUGUAAUUUUGAAUACACUCAUUAAAGGGUUGUGUAUCAGUGGUGAGGUUAUGAAAGCAUUGGACUUUCAUGAUGAACUUGUUGCUAAAGGGUCUCGGUUGAAUGAGGUUACUUAUGGGACCUUGAUCAAUGGAUUGUGUGAAAUGGGGCAAACAAGAGUUGCGGUUCAAAUGCUGAGAGUGAUAGAGGGUCAGGUUGUUAAGCCUAAUGUAGUAAUGUAUAGCAUGGUUAUUGAUGGUUUAUGCAGAGAUGGACUUGUGGAUGAGGCGUGUGAUUUGUAUUCUGAAAUGAUUGUUAACAAGGUUUCUCCUAAUGUUGUCACUUAUGGGUCUCUAAUUCGAGGAUUGUGUGUUGUGGGUAAGCUGGAAGAAGCUGUUUGGUUGCUAGAUGAAAUGGUCCAGAAGGAUGUCUGCCCAAAUGUUUAUGUCUUCACUAUUUUGAUUGAUGCGUUGUUGAAAAAAGGGAUGCUCCUAGAAGCUCGAGAUAUGUUUGAUAAAAUGAUUCAGAGAGGUCAUGAACCUAACAUUGUUACUUACACCGCUUUGAUGGGUGGAUAUUGUUUGAAUAAUGAAGUGGACGAGGCAAGAAAGCUAUUUGAUGCAGUUCUUCAGUGGGGUUUUGCACCUGAUGUUUGGACUUAUAAUGUCUUGAUUAAUGGAUAUUGCAAGCUUAAUAGAUUAGAUGACGCCAUGAACCUCUUUGAUGAAAUGUGUCAGAAGAAAUUGGUUCCAAAUGUUGUUACUUACAAUUCUCUAAUUGAUUGCUUUUGCAAAUAUGGGAGACUAUCAUAUGCUUGGAAACUUGUUAAUGCAAUGCAUGAUAAUGGUCUGACCCCUGAUAUUAUCACUUAUAGUAUCUUGUUAGAUUCUUUAUGCAAAACGGAACGUCUUGACAAGGCAAUUGCGUUAUUUAACCAACUGAUCGAAAGGGGUUUGGCAUCUGAUGUUUGGAGUUAUACUAUCUUGAUUAAUGGGUGUUGCAAGAAUCAAAGGAUGGGUGAGGCCAUGAAUCUCUUGAAAGAAAUGCAUCUAAAGAAUUUGGUUCCUCAUACUGUAACUUACACUUCUCUUAUUGAAGGCAUGUGCAAAUCUGGGAGGAUCUUGUGUGCACGGAAGCUUCUUACCGAGAUGCAUGAUAACGGUCCACCUCCUGAUUAUAUCACUUACAGUAUCUUGUUAGAUGCUUUAUGCAAAAGCCGACAUCUUGACCAGGCAAUUUCAUUAUUUAACCAAAUGAUUGAAAGGGGUUUGGCUCCUGAUGUUUGGACUUAUACCAUCUUGAUUAAUGGAUGUUGCAAGAGUAAAAGAAUAGACGAAGCCAUGAACCUCUUCAAAGAAAUGCUUCUAAAAAAUUUGGUUCCUGAUAUUGUAACUUACAUUUCUCUUGUUGAUGGCUUGUGCAAAUCUGGGAGAAUCUCAUAUGCAUGGCAGCUUGUUAAUGUGAUGCAUGACCUUGGUCUACCCCCUAAUGUCAUCACUUACCUAGAUGCACUUUUCAAAAGUCAGCAUCUUGACAGCAAGGGCCUUGUUUCAGCACAUUGUUGACAGUGGAAUUUGUUAUUAUGUGCGCAGUUAACUAUGCUUACUGAUGGUUGGUAUGAAGUUGGAAUACUAAAUACUGCAAGGGAUUUUCCAAGCAUCUUUUGAUUCAAGGAUGUUGUCCAGAUGCCCAAAAAUAUACCACUAUGAUCAAAAUUCUUGCUCUGCUGAAGAACAAUGAUAAGCAGAGAAACUUCUUCAUGAAGUGGUCAUUUGAGGUCUUGUGAGAUGAUGAAACCAGGACAUAUGUUAAAUUCAGAUAUCUUCAUUGCAUAGCAGGGUGAAUUGUUCUCCCUAAUAAAUAUCCCAUGUAACCUCAUAAAACCUGCCCUCCUUCUACCCUCAUGAAUUCAACCCGUCACUGCUGGCUGGCUAUGGUCUCCAAAUUCCUCACAUGAGCAGUUCCAGCCACAAUGCCCAUAUCUGAGGGAUGAAGUUGAAAUGCAGUGAGGCGAGGCAAAAGACCCAUCAUUUCAUUUAUGACCUGUCUGAGGAUUUUGUACAAAAUCAUGGCCCGUUUUACAGGUACUUGCCAAGAAGAAAUCCAUUGAAGAACUCAUCAAAGCAGCAUCUGCUGACAAGGACCAUCUCACCUCUUUCCCUGCCUUUGCAAUUUACUCAGGAAUCGUAAGCAUUUAGGAGUUUGGAUCUUUUUGCUGUUUCCAGGUAGCUAUUUUUAAUCUGAUUUCUAGGUCUCUCUGUGUGUAUGAAGUCAGGAUGUGACAAUAAACUUUCCUCUCCUGUUAAGCGCGCUAUCCUGAUUCUACUUAAGCUUAUUCAUUGAAGGAGAAAGGAUAUAGAGGGGCAGAGAGAGGAAAGAGAAAAUAAUUGAUUUUCUUUCCCAAAAUUGUCGCUAAACAUUGAAGGACCAUAUGGAUUUGAGUGUUCAGUGGUGGAAGAAUAGAUCAAGCACAGAGAAAUAGUUCCUCCAGAAGCACAUUAUAUAUUUGUAGUUUUGUACAUGGGAGGAAUUAACACAUUGAGGUAGAAUGUCAAUUCAUCAGGGAAAGGAUCCUAUCAAGGGAUAUCACGUCUAACUUUGUCAAUUCCAAUGAUCAACUAGCAGAUGUCUUCAUCAAAUCCUUGAGAGGUCCUUGAAUAAGUUAUUUCUAUAGCAAGCUUGGUGCGUGUGAUUUAUAUGCUACAGCUUGAGGGAUAGCUUUACGAACCUAGAAAUGGAUUCUAAAUCUUUAGAGAGUGUUGAGAAAACAAAGAAAACCAAAAGAGAAUGAAUACUUCUAUAGAACUUUUUGUUUUACGUAGUUUGUUUCCCCGGUACUCUUUUUCCUCUUUGAGGUUUUCCCUACAUGGGUUUUGACUUAGAAAAGGUUUAAUGUGGUCAGGCGGUUGGGUUUUCAGUGUAUUGCUUGUUCUUUUGAUAUUCCUUAUGGCUUUAUACCAUUUUUCACAGUAUAGUAAUUGUUUCUAUUUUUUUCUUAUUUUAAUAAAAAAGAGUGAGGUGUUAUGGGUGGCCAACCCAAUUGCAAUGUUUAGCACUUUACUCUGACCUGAUUGUGUGUGUGUAUU